CGAGCCGAGGAGCCCGGCCGCCUGUGCUCCAGUUCGCGGCGAGCGUCGGGGCCGGUGGCGGCGGUCGGCGUGGCAGCCUGGUGUCCGCGUGAGGCGUUGCUGGGCCAGCGGAGGUAGCGCCGUGGGAGUGGGAGGCCCGGAUUUCUGGGGCUGGACCGCACGCUGCUCUGGCUGCCAGCGCAGAGCGCAGGUUUGCUUUGAGGUCACAUGGAUAUGAAAUGUGGAGUCACCUUUGAUAACUUUGCCCGGGAAGGGAAAGAGAAGAGCCUUCUUUCUUCUUAAAAGACCAUAAGGAAAGGAAAUGACCAAAGGAAUCAUGCCAGACGCUAACUCUCCAUCUUUUUUAAACCAUCAAGGCAAAUGGCUUGUGCAUUAAAGACAAUGAUUUGUUCACCAACAUUAUUUUUAGCAGUUUAAAAGAAAAUUGUUUUCAUCUUAAACUAUACAAGUCUCAUAAAAUUUAACACAUAUAAAAAUGUGUAAGGCCUCGUUUAAAAUAGCUUUCGUUUUUUAGCUUUUAGAACCAUGUACCUUGUUUUUACUUGACAAAGCCCUUAAAUUCACAGCAUCAGGAGAGCUAUGGACUUGGAAACUUACCUUAUUCUAAUAGACUGCAGUGAAUGCAAGUGGACAGUUCAAGAUCCCAAUCAUUUCAUCAUCAGAAAUACCACAUGAGCAUAUAAUCCUUAGCUUUCAUGAAAACACAGUUGCUUGAAAAUGGCCUGGGUGAAAUUCUUACGGAAGCCUGGUGGCAACCUUGGAAAAGUCUACCAGCCUGGGAGCAUGUUGUCCCUAGCGCCCACCAAAGGCUUGUUAAAUGAGCCAGGGCAGAACAGCUGCUUUCUGAACAGUGCUGUACAGGUUUUAUGGCAGUUGGAUAUAUUCCGAAGAAGCUUACGGGUUCUGACUGGACAUGUCUGUCAGGGAGAUGCCUGCAUAUUUUGUGCAUUGAAGACAAUAUUUGCGCAGUUUCAGCACAGUCGGGAGAAAGCCCUGCCCUCGGAUAACAUCAGGCACGCGCUGGCGGAGAGCUUCCGGGACGAGCAGCGGUUCCAGCUGGGCCUCAUGGACGACGCCGCUGAGUGCUUUGAAAAUAUAUUGGAGAGGAUCCAUUUUCACAUAGUGCCAAGCAGAGACGCAGACAUGUGCACGUCUAAGUCCUGUGUCACUCACCGGAAGUUUGCUAUGACUUUGUACGAGCAGUGUGUGUGUCGUAGCUGUGGCGCGUCAUCGGAUCCUCUGCCUUUUACAGAAUUUGUGCGGUACAUUUCAACAACAGCCCUAUGCAAUGAAGUUGAAAGAAUGAUGGAAAGGCAUGAACGUUUUAAGCCUGAAAUGUUUGCAGAAUUGCUGCAAGCAGCAAAUACUACUGAUGACUAUAGGAAAUGCCCUAGUAACUGUGGCCAAAAAAUAAAAAUCCGCCGUGUUUUAAUGAAUUGCCCCGAGAUUGUGACAAUCGGUCUAGUCUGGGAUUCUGAGCAUUCUGACUUGACCGAAGACGUUGUUCGGAAUCUAGCAACACACCUUCACCUCCCUGGGCUUUUUUAUAGGGUUACUGAUGAAAAUGCCAAAAAUAGUGAACUUCACCUUGUCGGUCUCAUCUGCUACACCAGCCGCCAUUACUGUGCCUUUGCAUUCCAUACCAAGAGUUCCAAAUGGGUAUUUUUUGAUGAUGCAAAUGUGAAAGAGGUUGGAACCAGAUGGAAAGACGUGAUGACCAAGUGCAUCCGAUGCCACUUCCAGCCCCUGCUUCUGUUCUACGCAAACCCCGAUGGCACGGCCGUUUCUACUGAAGAUGCGCUCAGGCAGGUCAUCAACUGGUCACAUUAUAAAUCCGUUGCAGAGAAUAUGGGAUGUGAAAAGCCCUCAAUUUAUAAGUCAGAUAAUUCAAAAGAAAAUGGAUUUGGUGAUCAGGCAAAACAGAGAGAAAAUCAGAAAUCUCAAACAGCUAAUAUUUCAUCAAUUAGUCGGAGCUACAUUCAAACAAGUGGUGGUAAAGGACCAGUUAAGCUAAGUCACAAUGAUCAAAGGGAAAAAAUCAAAGAUAUUUCUAGAGAAUGUGCUCUAAAAGCCAUUGAACAGAAAAACUUACUUUCCUCACAAAGGAGAGAUUUGGAGAGGGGACAAAGAAGAGAUUUGGGUCGACACAGAGAUCUGGUUGAUGAAGACCUUCCACAUUCCAAGUCUGGGUCACCUCCUGCCCCCAAUGGCUUUAGACAAUAUGGCGGUCCACAUCUGUAUCACAGUCAAGGAAGAGGGCCAUCCAGGCAUGACCAAGGUACCCACCAGAGUCGAGCUUCUCCACAGAUACCAAGUUCAAGCAAACCCCAGAUUCUUGUGCCAGGGGAGAAAAUAACUGGCAAAGUUAAGAGUGACAGUGGCACCGGAUAUGACACAGACAGCAGCCAAGACUCGAGGGAUAAAGGAAGCAGCUAUAAUGGCAGCAGUAAAAGCCGGAGCCGAGGUUGGAAACCUAGGAGAGAAACACUAAAUGUUGAUAGUAUUUUUAAUGAAAGUGACAAAGGACAGCACAGCCCAAGACAUAAACCACAUAUCAGUAACAAAGCUAAAUGCAGCAAAGACCAGGGUUUUAACAACUGGCCGAAGGAGAAUCCGAAGCAAAAAUGUUUAAUGACCAUAUAUGAAGACGAAAUGAAGCAGGAACUAGGCAGCAGGAGUUCCCUUGAAUGUGAUGGGAAAGGAGCAGAGAAAAGUAAAGGCGUCAGAGAGACUAAAGUUCACGGUGACAACUGGCAGAUGCAAAGGACUGAGUCUGGAUACGAGAGCAGUGAUCACGUGAGCAACGGAUCUGCCAAUUUGGACUCCCCUGUUCUCCAUGGAAACGGUACCGUAAUGGAGCUAGGUGGUGCUAAAGAGGCAGCGUCCUUCAGUGACCAGAUUAAGACAAGCAACCUAAAUAUAGAAUGUGUGAAUUGUACCUUUCAACAAAGCAAAAACCACUUAGAAGGCCUUAGAAAAGACCUCGGAAACUUGGAAGUAGGCUGUACAUUUCGUGACUUCCAUCCAGAAUCACAGCUGCCAAUAAAAAAUCAUUUGAUAAAAAGGCCUCAUGUACGUGAAACCAAUGGAAAGUCAUUCCCUUUGUCCGGUCCACAAGUCCUCAAGGACCAUACAGCAAGUGAGCAUAGUCACCAGUCAGAUGAACAGAAACUGGAAAAAUCGAGUGAAUCCAAAUUUUCUGAGUGGCUCGAUAAAGAAAAUUCUGAGAGAGCAGGUUUACUUCUUCACACCGGUGACAAUUCUGCUUCUGGAAAGAGAAUGAACUGUGAUGAAACAGUCUCGCCAUCGUCAUCCUCACAUGUGAGAACUGCUGGGUUGAAGCCAGACGCUGCUGCUCUCAUCCAGCCACAGACUGGGAUGGAGCAGUGUCAUUCUGAUGGCUGUCCAUCCAGCGGACGUAGACUUCAGUCCACCUGCAGGUCAGAUGGUCGUCAGAUGCCAAAACUCCGCAAUCCACCGCCCCCUUUACCACCAAAGCAAUACGCUAUAACCAGGGUGCCACAGCCAGAGAAAAGUGAUUGUUCACCUGAUGUCAGACUUACAGAGCUGUUCAAAGCUAACUCUUCUAGUCUUCCGAACCACAGUUUAAGUGCAGCUUCAGAACCAGGUUCAGGAGUGAGUACAGAUAUGAGUGAUGAAAGACUCAAGGAAACAUUUCAAGUGAAAGAGCAAGUGGGCAACUCACCGAACUACACGUCCAGCUCUUCAACUGAUGCUUUCCAGGCACACAUGGGUACAGUUGUCGAUGCAUGGUGCCAUCAAGAAAGAGACUCCAGUGCUACCUGCCCAAGUGACACAAUUUCAUUAACUACCUAUUUUUCAGUUGAUAGUUGCAUGACUGAUACAUAUAGAUUGAAAUACCAUCAGAGGCCCAAGCUCUGUUUUCCCGAAAGCAGUGGCCUCUGUAAUGAGAAUUCAACAGCUCAGAGCGAAAGAGGGCUGGGACCUGUGUCAUAUAAUAGUCUUGGUUCAAACUCCCCGUCUGAGCAAAGCUAUAACCCCAGUAUACAUUGUAAUAGACAAAUUAUGAAACCGGCAUGCUAAUACUCAGAGGCCAUCAAAAUACAAGAGGAAUCGACUGACCAAUCCUAGUGAAAAAUAAAAUUAAAACCAUGGCAUUUAUUAAGUCAUUAAUGACUAACUUUCUCUUUAUUUUUUAUUUUGUGAUAACCAACUUACUGGGAAAUUUAGAAAUCCCUUUGAAUAGUCUUGGCAUGCCUAGAAAAAUAGAAUAUCAGGGUGUAUACAAAGUCAUUUACCAUAUGCUGCUGUUGAAUAAAAAUGGAAUUCGUCCCUUCAUUUUGUGGUUGGUAGACCCAUAAGUACUAACCAGUCCUCAUGUAUGUAGAUUGGUAAACUAUGCUCAUUAAAAAAUGCCAGGUGAGACAGUCUGUGUAGUCAAAGCAGGAUUUGUUUCAUGAAGCACUUUCUCAUGGGGAACCAAAAGAACACUCAUGUUUCUGACUUCUGUGAUAGUCUGCUACAUGUGACCUCUGUAAGUGUCUUAGAAAAUAUGGACCCUUGAAAUUGAAAGUAUUAAAAAAAAAAAAAAGCCUUAAUGAUAAAGUUUUUCAAUUCAAUUCUCAAGGUCAGAACAAGAAAUUUAAUUUUGCUCCUAGAGCUUUUUUCUUCAGGACACCUGAGUUAGGCCUUUGUUACACGUAUGCAUAAACAUUACUUCAGCCAGGUAAGCUAAACAUAAUUAAAAUACUUUAGCAUAUUUAUUUAUCCUGUUACCUUUUUUCUAAUUUUAUAUGAAAUGUGAAAGGGUUUUAUUUGGGUUCAGUUUACUUUGGGCUGCUAAUAACCAGUGUUAGGAGUUCACCUGGUGCCCUUACUGGGAAUCUCACUGUGACUGCCUAAAUUCUCCCUGCUGUAAUCUUACCUGUUUAUAAGUUGUCAGCCUGUUUUGAUUUUUCUGAUUCUUGAAUCUGAAACACCUUCUGGGCUUCCAGAUUAAAUUUCUGCCUUUCAUAUAGAGGUUUAAUUUUAAUAAAGUGUAUUACUUUGAGCAUCCCUCCUUUUUUCUUUUUUUACUCUAAACAAAUAGUCAUUUUACCCUACUUUCAUGGAGAGGACUUUAUUUUUAAAUAAAAUAAUUUUCCAUUAUUAUGAUAACCUUACAAGUAUGAAAAUGUUACUUUUCUUACCUUAUUUCAUUAGUUGUCACUUUAUUUUGUACUAAGCCAGUAAAUUGUGGUUUAGUUUUAUAUUGUCCACUGCAGACAAUUGAGAAUUAUAGAAUUUAAAGUCUCCUUAUGUUUAUCAAGUUUAUGACUAUAACUUGAUAAUUAUAUAAACUAAUUAGUAAAUUUAACAUUUUGAUUGAUUCCAUAAAUGGUUAAAAUAUUCCAAAUUGUAAAUGAUUGAAACUACUUCUAGACAAAUAGAAGAUAAUUGUAAAAAUCUGACUU